UACAGUUAUGUCAACGUCGUACGUGGCUGCAGACCCAAAACAGUGUAAGAAGACUCCGCCAGGGAUGCAUCAGCAAAAUGCGGAGUCCACCGGUCAGCACGUCAAAUACAGCCCCCGAUGUUUGAAUCUCCAAGUUUUGCACAUGAAGUGUGAGGUGAAGCGCUGAAGGAUAAACUAAGCCUGCGUUUGAAUUAUUUAUUUGACCCGUUAGCAUCAGCACAUUUGCGCUGUGCUAUUCCCGAAGCACUUGUUUGUCUAUAGGAAGACAGCAUGGCAGAUAUCGAGUCAUCGUUUGAGUUUAGCUCGUCUUUGACCAGCUCUUCGCUGCCUCCACCUCGGACUCGAAUCUUUAAGAUCAUCGUUAUAGGAGACUCUGGAGUUGGCAAGACUUGCCUCACCUAUAGAUUCUGUGCGGGCAAGUUUCCAGACAAGACUGAGGCCACUAUCGGGGUGGAUUUUCGGGAGAAGGUUAUUGAAAUAGACGGCGAGAAAAUCAAGGUCCAGUUGUGGGACACCGCAGGCCAGGAGCGCUUCCGAAAGAGUAUGGUGCAGCACUACUACCGCAACGUCCACGCUGUGGUGUUUGUCUACGACGUCACCAAUGCUGCUAGUUUCCGAAGUCUACCGGCAUGGAUCGAGGAAUGCCGUCAGCAUGCCUUGGGCCAAGAGGUGCCUAGAAUCUUGGUCGGCAACAAAUGUGACCUGCGUCACGCCGCUCAAGUAAGUACCGACGUAGCGCAGCAGUUUGCCGAUGCACACUCAAUGCCUCUAUUUGAGACCUCUGCCAAGAACCCCUAUGGAAACGAUGACGGCGGUCGGAAUAAUAGUGACCACGUGGAGGCCAUUUUUAUGACUGUUGCCCACAAGCUGAAAUCUCAGAAGCCGCUGGUGUUAAGCCAACCGCCGUUUGGAUCUGGAGAUACGGUCACUCUCAGGAGGCAGGACGAGGAGGACAGGGGAAGUUGGGGCUGCGGAUGUUGGAGGAGCUAAUGAAGGAGCCGCCACUUUACAGGAUGGAGAUGACAGAGGUGAAGCACCUUUUAAAGAAGCAGAUUCAGGAGUGCUUGUGCGAUAUCAGUGAAGAUCCAGGUGAAGGGUUGAGGACACAGGAAUAUCUGUUCUCAAGAUUUCUUUUUGUAUCUGAUCUGGCCGUUAUUAUAAAGGGAAAAACGUUCUCCACUCAAACCAGAGGCUUGGAGAAGUUGCAUGUAGGCCCAUUUGCCUUACGUAUACAAGCUUCAUUGAUUAUGUGUCAGCCUGUCUAGUGCAUAUAUAUGCCACUGCCAAACACACACUGCAUUAGCCUGCUAGAUUUAGCCAGUUCUGCGGGCGAAUUGGACAAUGAAAUCUUCGUGCAUAACAUUUACAUUUUUAAAACGAUUGUUUUGGUGCAAUUAGAUAAACUGUUCAAACUCCAAUGUGAAUCUGGUUUGGUCUGUGAAUUUGUUGUUUGUUGUCACCCACACACUUCCUGUGAAAGCUGUCAGUUCUCUCAAGAGAAACCGGCAAACAAAGACUAAAUGCAGGUGGUUUAUUAGUGCUGCUAACAGAUCAUAGACUCAUGUGAGAUGAAUUCAAAAGUAAAAUAAAGCUGAUGAUCUGUUUUCCAAAAAAGCCAGUCCUAGUCCACUGCCAGUGUUUUAUUUAUUGCCAAUUUUUUUUUUCUUCUAGCAGCCAUUCAUUUGAAUAAAAUCUACUGUUAAGACAUCUGGGUUAUGCAUGAUAACCAGUCCUUCCUCUCAAAAUGUAGGUGAGUUAGGUGAAAAGGGACGAGAACACACUGACAAUAUUUACGCCAGUGUCUACAGUCAGGAUUUGUAUGUAGUAUUGCUUCGUUAGGCAAAAUGAAAAUGGUCUAUACUGUAUAAUCACAGAUUAGUACCUCCUAUUAUUCAUGGCAUCUGCUCUGUGCAUGGCAUCUGAACAAAGGCUCUGAUAUCAGUCAGUGUGUAAUCUAUCAGAACAAAUAUACAGAUAUGCUUAAUUGUCUUUCCCUUUGGCCAUCUUCUUUCCAACACUGAUAUGCAGAACAGAGUUCAGUCCAUUACAGGGAAUAUUCACUCAUGUCUUUACGUAACCACAGCUGGUCCUGUGGAGUUCACGAAAGAAACUCAGGCAUGACAUGCUUUAUUUGUUUUAUGGGGAAUUGCCAAAAAGAGGUUUUGCAUAUGUUUUCUGGUUAGGUUGGUUAAGGGCCUGAUUGGCUGAUGCAUUGCAUUGAUUCAGGUACAGUAGU